UGUUUCAGUGGAGGAGGAGGAGGAGGAGAAAGAGGAGGAGGAGGAGGAGAAAGAGGAGGAGGAAAGCUGCUGCUGUAGCAGACAUGGAGGAGUUAAGCGCUGUAGGAGAGCAGGUUUUCGAUGCCGAGUGUAUUCUCAGUAAAAGACUGCGAAAGGGAAAGUUGGAGUAUCUGGUGAAGUGGAGAGGUUGGUCGUCUAAGCACAAUAGCUGGGAGCCUCAGGAGAACCUGCUGGACCCGCGACUGCUGGCUGCAUUUAAUAAGAGGGAGCAGGAAAGAGAGCUACUGAUUCGGAAACGAGGGAAACGACCACGUGGAAGACCUCGGAAAAUCAUGGAUCCCGUUCAGCCAGCCUUAAAGUCAAGCAGCUCCUCGUCAUCUUCAUCUUCUUCUGAUUCAUCAUCAUCUUCAUCCUCCUCGUCUUCUUCGUCGGAGGAGGAGGAGGAUGAUGAUGAUGACCAGGAUGUCAGCAACAGAAAGGCAAAGCCAAGCCCACGAGUGCGGGAGCUGCACCCUGUCCCGCAGAAGAAGGCUCAGAUCGUGCUGGCCAAACCAGAUCCUCCAAAGAAAAAGAAGCGAGGCAGGAAACCUCUUGCUCCAGAGCUGAGGGCCUUGAAGCAGAAUCAGGCUAAAAAUCCACGCAAAAUUCUGAAGCCACCUCUAAAAGAUUCUCUCUCAGAUCUGCAUAGCAGCAUCAAGAAACCCCUGAUGCCAGCCAGUUUCACCUACACAGGCCUGAAUCGAGCUGCCAACAGGGAGACGAUGGUCAUGCAGAACCGAGGAGCUUUUAGUGCCAAUGAAUCGCCAAAGAACACGCUGGGAUCUGCCCAGUCCCAAGGAAAACCUGUGACGGAUUUUAAGCUCUCAGUCUCAGACAUGGGUAAUGCCGGUAGUCUGGAUUUAAAAAACUCAUCUUCUAAGUCUCCAGGUGUGGCUUCUCUCAGUUUGCACAGUUCAAAACUUACCACCAGUACCAAUGGACAGGCAGCAGGUGGAGCUCCUAAUUGGACAAAAAAGCAGGAAACCCCAGUUCUGCAGCGACCAGUGAACAUGAAACCUUCUGCUUCCUCUCUCUCCUCAGUGAAAAGCCCCAGUACUCAGGUCUCCAGCUUGUCUAGUGUCAACAAAAAACAGCUCUGUGUCAGUUCUUCUCCAAAAGAUGUCUCUAACCUUAGGGGUCCUGGGACCAUAGUGAAAAAAGCUCCAGUGCAGGAAAAAAGCGCUCCGGCCGAAGGAGGGAUUUUGGGUCGACCAGGACCCCGGGAUUUCAGCAUACCACAGGGGGUAGAAAAAGUGAAAAUGGAGGAUCCGUUAGAGAGAUUGGGGAAAACACCUCUGGGAAGACAGAGGAAGGUCCCGACAUUUGCUGGCACAAAAGAUGGCGGCAAAACCACAAAGCCGCUAAGCGAGAUGAGCACGGGUGAGGAGGGGAGCAGCUCGGAUUCGGAGCAGGACUCGCCGUUCACUGGGGAAAGCCAGGAAUUGUCAUUGGAAGUGCAGUCAGAAUGCAAGGACUGGAGGCCAACACGAAGCCUCAUUGAACAUGUCUUCGUUACUGAUGUCACUGCUAAUCUGGUCACUGUAACUGUUAAAGAAUCGCCGACUAGCGUGGGUUUCUUUAGCAUCCGGAAUUACUGAGAGCGUCGGACAACAGAUUCUUUAUGUACCUAUUGAUAUUGGGUAUCGUAGAAAAGUGUUGUAGACCCACAAAGUUACACACACACAAAGUCUGUUCUGGAAGCUUCUUCUUUGUGGAAGAACAAGAGGAUAACUGAGAAAGGCAACAAUCUGAAGGACUGACGAAAGAAUGGUAACCAUUUGGUGCUUAAUAACUGCUCAGUUUUCUACAUAACCUCAGAUUCAGGUAUUUAGCCCCCUGGUUUUUUUUUUUUUUUUUUUUUUUUUUUUUUCUCCAUUUCAUUAAACCAUCAGUGUCUUAUAGUAAGACUGGAUUUUCUGGGAACUGCUGGAAGCCUAGAAGAACAAAACCUGAGACAUGACCUUUACACAAGGAGUGAACCAUUUGGUGCUUGGAGAUCAAACGAAGUCUGACGAUUUGUCCAUGUCAGUGGAGUAUGG